AUGGAGGUGAUAUUAUCAUCUAUUACAAUGAAUGCAUGCUUUUUGCCAUUUACAGUGCUCAAGAGAGUAGGACGAAUGUUUUGUUCGGGCAGAAAUAUGCUGAAGGAUUCAUUAAGUAUCGUCGAUCCUGAAGCUUAUAAAAUCAUGCAAAAGGAAAAGGAAAGGCAAAAACAAGUAUUGGAACUAAUUGCAAGUGAAAAUUUCACUUCAAGAGCUGUUCAGGAUGCAUUAGGUUCUUCAAUGUCGAACAAGUAUUCAGAAGGCUAUCCUGGUGCCAGAUAUUAUGGAGGCAAUGAAUUCAUCGAUCAAAUGGAAAUAUUAUGUCAAAACCGUGCUCUUCGGGUGUUUGGUUUGGAUGACAAGAAAUGGGGCGUGAAUGUGCAAGCUCUUUCCGGUUCACCAGCAAACCUUGCUGUUUAUGUAGGCUUACUGGAAUCGGAUGGUCGAAUCAUGGGUUUGGACUUGCCUGAUGGUGGACAUUUGACCCAUGGGUUUUUUACAUCUCGGCGAAAAGUUUCAGCAACGUCCUUAUUUUUCCAGUCGAUGCCUUACAAAGUUGAUCCCAAAACUGGUUACAUCGAUUACGAUCAGUUGGAGUACACUGCGUUACUGUUUCGUCCAAAUAUUAUUAUAGCAGGAACAAGUUGUUAUUCACGCUUACUUGAUUAUAGUCGCUUCCGUAAGAUAGCUGAUAAAUGUGGUGCUUAUUUAUUGGCUGAUAUGGCACAUAUCUCGGGUCUAGUUGCUGCAAAUGUCAUUCCAUCACCUUUUGAAUAUGCCGAUGUUGUUACAACUACAACCCACAAAUCAUUACGCGGUCCUCGUGGGGCGUUGAUUUUUUACAGGAAAGGUUUGAAGAAAAUAACUCCAAAGGGUGAAAAAGUGACGUAUGAUUUGGAACGGAGGAUAGAUUCUGCCGUAUUUCCGGGAUUACAAGGAGGACCUCAUAAUCAUACAAUAGCCGGUAUUGCUGUUGCCUUAGGUCAGUGUCUUACGGAAGAUUUCGUUGAAUACUCCAAGCAAAUUUUGGCAAACUCUGAAGCGCUUGCAAAUAGAUUAAUCGAACUUGGCUAUACUUUGGUUACAGGUGGAACAGAUACUCAUCUCUGUUUGGUGGAUUUGCGUCCAAAAGGUUUAGAUGGUGAGAAAGUGGAACACGUCCUCAAUUUAGCUCAUAUUGUUUGCAACCGUAAUACUUGUCCAGGAGACCAGAGCGCUCUACAUCCAAGCGGUAUACGUCUUGGAACACCAGCUCUUACUACACGAGGAAUGAAAGAAAAUGAUUUCGUGAGAGUUGCCGAUUUUAUUCAUGAAGGGAUGGAAAUUUUGAUGAAAUAUCAUUCACAGAUAGGUAAAACGCUGAAAGACUUGAUAGCGUUUACCAGCUCGAAUGAACAGUUUAUAGCAGAUAUUGAUGAGUUGAGAGUAAAAGUGAAGCAGUUCACUAGCCAGUUCGAUAUGCCUGGGAACAAUGAUAUUUAAAAACUUCAGCUGGCAUUAAUGCUGUAUGAUUUUGAAAUUUGAUGCAUGUUCUUGCUGCAUAGUACCAUAUUACAGAGAUUAGAUAAGGAAUUUUGGAUCUCAAAUAUUGCUUAUAUAUCAACAUAUUUUGACAUUUACUGAUAUCAAAUAAAUUAUUUAGUUUUUUAAAGAGUUUAUUAUUGAGAAAUGUCAUUGGUUUUGUAAGUC